AUGCAACAAGAUAUCUGCAAGGAAACCGCUGAGGUUGCGAAACAGGCGGGCCGCGGUGCGAAGGUGAAGGAGCCGCGCCAGUCGCUAUCGCGAGAGAGUGGCGGGCGCACGACGACGCUUACCUGCGUGUGCGCGAUACACACGGCCCCUGCGCCACACCGCUCGCCGCGCGCGCAUAAGUGCACACCCCUGCACCAACAACUUAACAAAAUUACCCACAUUACAGUGAUAUUGUGA